UUCAGUUUUUACUGCACGUACAAGAGUAGAUUCUGUCUCAAUAAUUACAUACAAUAACGUUAAACUAGUAAGGGUAUGGAUGCAGCGAGGAGAGCUGAGAGUCUAUUAAGAACAGAACCUCGCGGGUAAUCGGAUUAAAAGGACCUUGGUUUAAGUUGUAUUUAUUAGCAGAAGUGCUGCAUUCAGCCGCAGGCUAAACAGUCAUAUCGGACCGAAGCAUCUGAAGUUUCCCUCAGGAAAAAAAUCAGGAAAACGCGCAAAAACAACAGAAAUGCCUGUAGAUUUGAAUGGUUACUGGAAAAUGGUGUCUAAUGACAACUUUGAAGAAUAUCUGAAAGCUCUCGAUGUAAACAUCGCUAUUAGGAAAAUUGCCACGUUUUUGAAGCCCGAUAAAGACAUCACUCACAAUGGAAACCAUAUCACCAUUAAGACGCUCAGCACGUUCAAAAACUACAACAUGGAUUUUGAGGUCGAGAAGGAGUUCGUGGAAGAUCUCAGCGGUGUGGACGGUCGCAAAUGCAGGACUACAAUCAAAUGGGAGGGAGACAAACUGGUUUGCAUGCAGAAAGGAGAAAAAGAGGGUCGAGGCUGGACCCACUGGAGGGACGGAGACCUAUUACAUUUGGAGUUAAGAGUUUGCGGAGUGGUUUGCAAGCAAGUUUUCCAGAAACAGAACUGAUCUGGCUCUGGUCUGAGACGAGCACCCCCUACUGGUGACCUUGCGAGUGACGCAACUACAGAUCCCUACCCUUUUUUUCAUUUAUCAUCCACAG